AUGCACAAAGCAAUUAUCUUCUGCCCUUUAACUUGCCUUCGUCGUUAUAUCAUCAAGAAACAAUUCAGAGAAAGCCACAAGUUACAGGAUUGUUUUCAAUUUGAGGAGGAGGUGAAACCAGGAUGGAUUCAAUACAACCCCAAUGAAAUCACAGUUAUAUCCUGCAACGAUAGUUUGCGUCCAUUGGUUCAGUGUGACGAUAUUUUGGACCUGAACAAGCAGAUGGUAACAGUAAAGAACGAAUCUGAUCUCUUAAAGUUUAAGAGCAUGCUGGAUAAGCCAGUUUUGAUGUGCGUCACAAGGCGGCAGAACUGUCCGAACAUUGCCCAAACUGACGGUUCGAGUUCGGUGACGGAAAACUUGUCACUGAAUCUCUUGGAAAGAGAACUCCGAUCUAUGAACGGUUUCGACAUUGAUUUUGCUGUUAUCUUUCCGCCAGGCGUUCUCAGGGAACUCCUCGAUAAGAUCUUACGAAAUGUAAGCGAGAAAAUCACUGCUAGAAGUAAAUACUGCUUUAUGAUCGACAUCAAGCAGAUGAUGAAAGAGCUGACACCUCCCGAAGUACAAGACCCCGAUUCGCUAGAGUAUGUGUCAUGGCAUAACACAGCCUUUUGGCUCACAAACCAUUGCAAACCCAAUCAUUCACUGAUG